AUGGUUGACACUGGAGUAGCUAACAUUUCAGUUGGUGGACCUACACCUUCCCAUCAGGAUGAAGGAGCACGUGAUGGUGGUGAGUCUGUCCUUGUUGUUACACAGUCAGGGACCGAGGAAAAAGCUAGUGCUGACACAGAGAUGGAAGAAAUUCUAUCUCCUGUACCUUCAACCUCUGUACAGGAUAAAGGACCAAUUGAUGGUGGUGAGCCUGUCGUAGUUGGUACACAGCCAGGGACAGAUGAAAAACCAACUGCUGACACAGAGAUGGUAGAAAAUCCAUCAGGUUUACCUGCAACAUCUGGACAGGUAUAUGGUCUGCUAAUAGUCAAAUGUAGUUUUCCAUAUGUGUACUCACAUAAAGCUUAAGACGUGUAUGGUAUAUUUGUUUCAGGGCGAAGAACAUGGUGCCGGUCUUGAGAGUGAAGCAAAGGUUGGGGAGCAACCAGAAAUUUGUGAGGAUAAUGAUAGAGAUACAUCUUCUCAGGCUGAACACACCGAGGAACCCGGUGUAAGUGUUGAUGCGGGAGAUGUACCCAAUGUAGUUCCAGAGAGUAAAGUGGAUGACUCAGUACUUGAGGGCACCCUAGGGGAUCCCCCUUCACCAUUUGCAGUAGUUAAUAAUGUAAGCUAACUAUAUUUUUAAAUAAAAUAGUGUAGGCUUGUUUAAAUUUAUAAUCUUCUAUUAUGCAGGUGUUACAGGAGUUGGCAACGAAAGCCUCCAUGGAUGUGGAUGCAGCUAAUGUAAAGGAGGUAAAAAUCUCGUGUUUGGUUUAAAAUUAUACACAGUUAUUAACAUACGUACAUAGGAUUGUAUGCGUACAUUUAAAUAAUUCUGCACGUUAAUUUGAAAAGGGAGUGUUGGAGCAGCAGGGGAUUGUCGACGAGGUGGAAGAACAAGAGGAUUCAAACCCUGGGUUAGAUGAAGCAGACACGACAGUUGGUACACUGGAAAAUAUUGUGAGUAUCUUCCCAGUAAAUAUUAUCAUUACAUUUUGAAAUUGUUUAAUCAUGGUGUUUACAAUAAUACUUCUUUACAGGAUGAACCAA